ACGAAUAAGUUAAUUUUGCAUUAGUCUUGUAUACAUCGAGAUUGAUUAGAGUACGUUAGAUAAUAAUAAUAAAUAAUAUAAUAUUGCAGCAACAAUUUUAAUAUUACAAAGCAUAUAUUUUUUCGUUAUUAUGAUAUUACGGUUGUUGAGCAGUACCUUCCAGCAGCGCGCCAGCUCAUCCCCAGGAAACGUACUUACGCGUAUUCAAUCACAGUUUUCAAAAGUUCAACUCAAGGCCAAUCUGAACACAUUUGGCCGGCUCAAGACAGCCAAUUCUGAGACAACACGCAUCUACGACAUCAACACGAAAGUGGUCAAAGAUGUGAUACUAUUCAAGUAUGAAAAUCCACGCUUCUACCGAGUUUUGAACGUAUUUGCCAUAAGUCAGUUCUUUUUUUGGGUAUAUGUGUCCCACUUCUCCUACACUACCCUGCGAGAUGCACCAGUUCCGGAGGAUAAUAGGGACGAACUUCCUUGGUACAAACGCAUCAAUUUAGGAGAAAAUAAAUACCGGAAUGGGAUAACAAUUCUGUCGUUUUUUAUUGGAUACGGAAUUCUGUUCACUUCGUGGAUGUUUACAUUACGAUCCGUAAGGUUCUUAAUCCUCCGAAAGGGUGGAGAUCUCGUCAGUGUGGUCACAUACACUCCGUUCGGUAAGAAUCGAAUAAUGGAAGUUCCCUUGAAAUGCAUUUCGGCUCAAGAAUCCAGAGAGGCUGCCCGAGUAACAAUACCUUUGAAAAUUAAGAACCGGUCCUUUUUCUUCGUUGUGGACAAAAAAGGAGAAUUUAAAAAUGGGCGAUUGUAUGACUAUACUGUUGGAAUGAGACGAAACUUGAAGUAGCAUUUGAUGAGUCCAAUAUAGAUUCAUCAUCAUGGAAUAAUGUUAGCUGGUUUAUAUAGGAAAGAAAAUCGGAUAAACUAAUGUAAAACCCAA